UCUAGUUGUCCAGUAAAGACCUGAAGAGACACCGGUUGACUGUUGUCUUCUAGUGCUGGCACCGACGUUACGAGCUUCUGCAUCUCGCCAUGUUACGUGGGGGCCUACGGAGACAGCUACUUGUUGUCGCAAGCAUGAGCCUGGGGAUGAUGUCGACGGGCAUCGUGCUGGCGUGGUCGUCGCCGGCGGUGCCCAAACUCCCCCACCUGACGGCCGCCGAGGCGUCGUGGGUGGGGUCUCUGCCGUCGCUGGCGGCGGCGCUGGGUCCCUGGGUGGGCGGCUGGGCGGCGGACCGCGUGGGGCGGCGCACCACGACGCUGAUUGCAGUGCUGCCCAUCAGCGCCAGCUGGGUCGCGCUAAUGUUCGUCGAGUACUCGCCCACCUGGCUCUGCGUCGUGCGCUUCAUCUCGGGGCUCGGUAUCGGCGUCGGAAAUCCAGCGCUCAACAUGUAUGGUGCCGAGAUCUUCCAGGCCAACAUCAGGGGUGCGCUGUCUAUGGUACAACAGCCGUCGAUAACCACGGGCUUCAUGAUCGACUACUGCAUCGGCCCCUUCGUCUCGUACACUACGCUAGCAGCCAUAGGUCUCAGUGCAACUCUCUUGUUUCUGGUGACCUUCUUCUGGGCGCCAGAGUCGCCCUACUACCUGCUGGCCAAGGGCAGGGAUGAAGACGCCGCGGAAUCUCUCCGGCGACUGCGAGACGACAACAGCGACAUCUCUUCUGAGCUUCAGAGGAUGAAGAAAGCUGUGGAGGACUCCAAGGUGAACGAAGCGUCGGUGCUGGACCUGUUUCGGUCCCGCAGGUGCCGCCGCGCGCUGGCCAUCUCUCUGGGCGUGGUGUGCGCCGAGCAGCUGGCCGGCAUCAACGCGGUGCUCUUCUACACGCAGAGCAUCUUCGACGCCGCUGGCGGCGACGUGGACAGCCGGGUGGCGCCCAUCAUCGUCAACGGCGCCAUGCUGCUCGAGUCGUGCGUCACGCCCUUCCUGGUGGACCGCCUGGGCCGCAGGCCGCUGCUCGUCUUCUCCUCCACCGGCAUGUCCGUCGCCCUGACGGUUUUAGCUGUGUAUUUCUACCUGAGUGACACAGGGAAAAACGUCGAAGACAUCGGCUGGCUUCCGCUCACUGCUCUCGUCUUCUACAUCGUCACCUACACCGCAGGCUACGGCGGUCUACCGUUCACCGUUACAGGGGAAAUCUUCGCGCAGAACGUCAAGUCUGUGGCUCUACCAGCAGCUGUCUUCGUUUCGUGGACCAUGUCCUUCUUGGUGACGAGGCUCUUCGAGGACAUUUCCAUCGCCGUUGGCAAUUACGGGCCCUUCUUUCUGUUCGCAGCUUGCUCCUUACUAGCCUCCCUCUACGUGUACUUUUUGCUGCCUGAAACGAAGGGGAAGACUUUGGAAGAGAUACAGGUUAUGCUUGAAAGCGAUAGGCCCGUCCGAGCAUGUUGCUGAAGAGAUUCGAGACUGAAAAAUAUUUUAUUUUGGAACAGCUUCGCCUCUGGUGCGCGAUGAAAUCGUCCACGACAGAAUCGGAAGGAGCAAAAGUUAAUGUUUGACACCGAGCACAAUUCUUAAAAGGGGUCUGACGCUGUUAGAAGAAAUGACGGCGAAUGUCAUUCACCUUUAUUUUGUGAAAACUGUUUGUAAGGGCAUUGAUCAGUAUUAAUUUCUAUUAAUGUGUCGUUGGCCGAGAGCAAGGCGAGAAAACUAACGUUAACACUCAGGGCCUAUAGUGAAGAAGUAUUCUCUUUUAGGCCAAGAGGAUGAAGAACGCUAAAUCAGAAUUCACUCGUAGUUGUUCGUCCGAAUGUGAAGCCAUGUGAAGAAAGAGACUCACUAUUGAUGAAAUGCAGUGCAUUCCCAUCACAUUGUGUUGGAUAUUUUGGACUAAAAUAUGGUCUAAGCAUUCUGUAAAUGUACUGAUUGUGAGAAAGUCUGUGACUAUUUUCAUUUGAGAAAUGUUUAACAGAA